AUGUCGUCCAACAUCAAGGACAAAAUCGUCCAGCUCGGUUCUAAGCUAAAGCAUCUGCGCAUCCUAAAGCAGACUGACGAGCAUGACACAAUGUCGCAGAUAGAAACUACUUCCGUCGGUGAUUCCCACCCAGCAUCUCAUGCUGAGGACGAUCAAGCAAUCGCCACCUCUACCCUGACUCCCAUCUCACCUAUGGAAAGCACCAACCCGCACCCCUACCUGUCCAUCUCGACAGCUUUUCUCCAGGAUGCCAUCAAGGAAUAUCUCAAUCCAGAAAGCUGGUACGAACGCUCCAUUCUACGUCUCAAGUUCACCGACAAAGGCGAGGGGUACCCAUCCUUCUUUGCUCUCCUCAAGACCGUUCACGGGGAAUGGCGCUGGAUCCCGCAUGUGGCUACGGAUGCGUCAAUCUCCCCUCGUGAUGUUGAACUUGUCAGCAUGAAGGAUGAUAUGAUUCGAACUUGGAUCGAUCGCAAGGAACAUGUCUUUGAGCAUCCUCGCAAUGUUGGCCAGGUAUCUCCCAUCGGGACGGCGAUUAAGCUAGAUCUCAGCGUGCCUGAACAUUCUAGAUGGAGAAUCCUUGUCUGGCGUCUGCACGUAAAUAGCGGAAAACCAAGCUCAUGGAUGGAUCGCCGGGGACGUGUCGUUGCUGAUCCGAGGGCAGACCUUCAUCAGCGAGUAACCGAAACCAAGGACUAG